UAGUUCGACUGACGAUCAGUCUGAAACGCAAGCAGCACGCGACAACACGAACUAUUGGUUCUUGCCAUAAUGACAUUACAAUUCAAGUUGAAUUCAAUAUGCCUGCUCUGGCUAUUGAUCCAAGUGCACGUUCAAGUCCAAGUCCAGGCGCAAGAUAUUCCUGUCGAAUUUCCUGAAGAUUUUCCCACAACCACGGUUGAAGCUGUUACCGAGUUAGCGGAGACAACAACCACUGCUACAGCAACCACAACUACAGAGCCUGCCCCAACAACAACUGAUAAGCCUACAAUGCCAACAACCACAACUGAAGCACCAACAGAAGCAACAACAAUUCCCAGCACAGAGCCAGGGCCAGACACUACCACACCAACUUAUCCUAUUUAUACGCCGCCCACAUACGUUCCACACCAUCCCAGUCGCCCAACCUAUGUUCCACAAUUCCCACCGUGGCUGUGGGACUCGCAUGAGAGCGGAGGUGGACUGAAAUGUUAUCUGAAGGAGCAAGCCGAAAAUAAAUAUGUUCGCUGGAGCUGCGGAUUGACCAGCUGGAAGCCCAUAACAAGCUGUUAUCGCUGCUGUUAUUACGGCUACAGCGGCUAUGCCGGCUGCAGCAAACUGCAUGAGGGACGCUGCAGCAGUAUAAGCUAUUCCAGCUGGAGUAUUUAUUAAAUAAAUAAUGGGAAAUGUCUAAUGAACUACUACUCUUACACGAGAAGGAGGGGCAGCAAGGGAGUGAGAUGGGGGAUUGUAUAAAUGAAUAUAUUAAAUUUCUAAUUGAGACAAUUGAGGGUAA